AUGUCAUCACCUAUCCUCGACACCGUCAAAGCCUUGAGCCUCAACAGCUCAACAAACGCGUCGAAUGCCUCCCAAACACCCCAAUUCAACAUUCGCAACAUCUGCUGCGUUGGUGCUGGCUAUGUCGGCGGCCCUACCGCGGCGGUCCUCGCCUUUCAAAAUCCUCACAUCAAGGUUACAGUAGUCGACCGUGACCAGACCCGUAUCCGGCGCUGGAACUCGAGACACCCUCCCAUUUAUGAGCCCGGCUUGCAAGAUAUUGUCCGCAUCGCUCGUGAUGGCAGCCGCGAAACCUUCUUCUCCAACGAGGCCACGAACGACGCCGACACCUUCAACUCGGACUUUGGCGAGGUCCGUGUUGCACCUCGCCAGAGCAACCUCUUCUUCACCACAGAUGUCGCAGGCAGCAUUGCCGAGGCGGACAUUGUCCUCAUCUCGGUCAACACGCCCACCAAGGAGCGCGGUAUCGGUGCCGGCAGCGCCACCGACAUGACAGCCUUUGAGGCAGUUACUGCCGUUGUUGCCCAGAACGCCCGUGAGGGUGCCAUUAUCGUCGAAAAGAGCACUGUUCCUUGCCGCACUGCCCAGCUCGUCGCCGAGACAAUUGCCAUGCAUCGUCCGGGCGCCCACUUCGAAAUCCUCUCCAACCCCGAAUUUCUCGCUGCUGGCACCGCUGUCAACGAUCUCCUCUACCCCGAUCGUAUUCUCAUCGGCUCGGCCCCGACUCCAACCGGGAAGCUGGCUGCUGAGGCUCUCGUCGACGUUUACGCCGCCUGGGUGCCGCGCGAGCGCAUCCUGACUACCAACGUCUGGUCGUCGGAGCUUGCCAAGCUGGUCGCCAACUCCAUGCUGGCUCAGCGCAUUUCCAGCAUCAACUCCAUCUCCGCCCUCUGUGAGCAGACCGGUGCCGAUGUCGACGAGGUUGCUCGCGCCGUUGGCGUCGAUCCCCGUAUCGGCAACAAGUUCCUCGUCGCCGGUGUUGGUUUCGGCGGCAGCUGCUUCAAGAAGGAUGUUCUCAACCUCGUCUACCUCGCCGACACCAUGGGUCUGCCUGAGGUCGGCGAGUACUGGCGCCAGGUGGUCAAGAUGAAUGAGUACGCUCGCGACCGCUUCACAAACCGCGUCAUUAAAUGCCUCAACAACACACUUGUCGGCAAGAAGGUCUGCAUUCUCGGCUAUGCCUUCAAAAAGAACACCUCCGAUACCCGUGAGGCCCCGGCUCUGGAAAUGAUCAAAACCCUUCUCGAGGAGCGCCCGCGUGAGAUUGCCGUUUUCGACCCUUGCUGCAACCCGCUGGUCAUCAAGAACGAGAUCCGAUCCCUCCUUGGACCCCUUGCCGAGACCAGCAAAAUCUCCGUCUAUGGCAAUGCCUACGAUGCCUGUGACGAUGCCACUGCCGUUGUCAUUGCCACAGAAUUCGACGAGUUCCGCAAUCAACCCGUCCCCAAGCCUGUCGCCGCCCCUGCCACGACCGUACCAAAGUUGAUUGGUGGCAAGCCUAACCCCAAGGCCGAUCCUCGCCCAUUCAGUACCGCCAUUCCUUCUGAGAAUGACCUGCUGGCUCUCCACAAGCACCUGACGCAGCGCGAGAGCCGGCAAGGCCAAGACCCGCUCAACCGCUUCAACACGGAGCCGUCGUGCGACAGCACCUGCCCCGACUGCCAGCAGGAGCAUGAGAGCAAGGAGACUGGCCACGCUACGGGCAUGGGCAGCGCUGAGGAGUACAAGUCAAAGGAGCGACUUAACUGGGAGCGCAUCGCUGACUCGAUGACCAUCCCACGUUGGGUCUUUGACGGCCGUGGUGUCAUUGACUCGCGCGAGAUGGUCAAGCUGGGCGUGCGCGUCGAGAGUGUUGGCCGUCAACACCGUUUUUAA